CAGAACCCGACACUCUUCUUAUUCUGCAAAGACAGGUAUACAGCGAUAUAAAAACAUACAUUCUGCUCCAGUGCCAAGAUGGCACGCUUCAAUCGACCUAGCUUUUUAAGUCUGUUGGGAUUGCUUCUUGGCCUGAUUGUUCAGUCCAAUGCUGCUCCCGCCCCAAUCGUGAACGGACUGGAAGCUCGUGGUGCUUUGGACGUGGACUCAGAGUCGCAUAGACACCACCCACGGCCUCCAACUGACCAUCAGCACAGUCAUCCUCCAUAUCCUCCAACCUUGAAGGUUCGGGAAGACGAUUCAGAAGGCUCAGGAUUAAACGAAGAUGGUCCAAAACCCAAACUUGAUGUCCCGAUGGCAGAUGAGCACCACCAUCGCCAUCACCAUCACCCUCACCCUCCUUCUUUAGCUGCUCGUUCAGAAGACGAGGAAGUCUCUACGAAUUACCCACCGCCACCUCCUCACUGGCCGCCUCCUUCACCACCUCAGUGGCCUCCUCAUGGUCCUCCACCACAUCAGUGGCCUCCUCAUGGCCAUCCACCACCCUCCUCUCGUUCAUUAGAGACUAGGGACGACGAUGAGGAGGUCUCUACGAAUUACCCACCACCCCCUCCUUACUGGCCUCCUUACAAUCCUCACUGGCCUCCUUACGGUCCUCCACCACCUCAAUGGCCUCCUCAUGGCUAUCCACCACUUUCCUCUCGUUCCUUAGAUACCAGGGACGACGACGAGGAAGUAUCUACGAAUUACCCACAAACCGACUCUCAUCUCAAAUGGCCGCCUUCCCCUCCACCGGGAAUUGGCUACCCGCCGGAAACGAAGUCAGCUUUGAGCGAGGACGGAGCUUCUUCUGACACUCAAGAAAUUAACGCACGCGUGGCUGUCCCCCUUCGGCCUGAUGCGCUGACGACGAGCAACAAGGGCUUGCGUUAUGGGCCAGAACUGUGA